CAGAAGAAAAUUACUCUGCUGUGUACCUUUCAUCUGAUGUAGAAUGGGAGUUCUUGUGUUCUUGUUUGUGUUAUGCUGGCUUGUGAUUGUGCCACACUUGUACUCUUCAUUCCUUACAAACAAACACAGUUGGCUGUGUGUGUUUUUUUCUGUAAUCUUCUACCAGAGGAAUAUCUUCAGUUUUUGGUUGUUUUUUUUUUUACAUUCUUCCUAUGUUCAGCCUAAUAAUUAUCUUUACUCUGGAAUGGAGCAAAUCUAAUUCAUACACAGAAUCAUAGAAUCUUGUAAUCUUUUGAGUUGGGGGAGGUCUGCAGGAUUACUGAACCCAACUCCUGACUCCACACAGCACCACCCCAGCUCUCUCCCUUGAAUUUUGCCUCUCAUUCUCACAUGCUUUGUAUUUUGGGCAGAAUUAGGACAACCUCUUGUCUCAGCUGGUGAAGAGCUGUGUAUUUAUCUUGCAGUCCAUGCAAUUUCACUCCCCAGGAGCUUUACUUUGAGUUUUAGCUCCCAGUAAACAUACACUCAAAGUGUUUUUCAGACAAGCCAUUGAUUUUACUCAAUUUCUGGUCAAAAGCAUGCAAGUAGCAAGCUUUACAUGAUUUCCAUCCAUCUCCUUUUGGAUCACCGAGAAAUUCAUGAAUCCUUGAGUGAAUCUGUGACCAGCCCUUGCACUGCUCAGUUGCUGCUCCCUUUGGUGUACAAGACAAGCAGUGGGGCAGCCCCUGCCCACUGUAAUUCCCCAUCUGUGCUGAUUCCAGGAGUGCCUGGACGAGUCCCACAGCAUGGCCACCCAGGGGCUCGGUUUGGGCCUGUGCUUAGCCUGCACUGCCCUGCAGGAUGCAAACUUCUCCCUUCACCUUGGCCUCGUCUCAGCCCAUCCCAACUGUCCUGGGGCCUCUCUCGGAGCAAGCAUGGCACACGCAGUUAUUUAGCAUCUCACAGUAACAGUUCUCCUUAAGUAGGUUAAAAGACCAGUUUUCCCAAAGCAGUAGAGUACUGGACAAGGAUUAGUCACAUUUGUAUGUUUCAGAAAAGACUGUUCAGCACACUCCUCCCAUCAGGGUUAGUCUUCAGGUGCACUUUGCAGCUCUCAGGCUCUGGCUUUUGAGUGAGACGUCUCAAACUGGGAAAUAAAUGUCUCCACUUGAAAUGAGCAGAGCAAAUGAUGUUUUUCCGUGAAUAUUAAAGCUGCGGGCUGAGGAAAGGCCCCAUAUCAAUUCCAUUCUCACCCAAGUGUUCAGGGUCUCAAUUCAUCUCCCACCUUCCCAGUGAGGACACAAGCCACCAUCUGACAAGCAGAUCCCCAGACAACUGAAUUAAGACAGCAACAUGAUGCACAGCCCAGGUUCAUACAGCUGAGUAACCCCACUCAUGUUGCUUCCUUCUGGGGAAGCCCUUUGGCUGAGCUUUACAAGGCAGACCAUGCAAAUUACAGUCCUUACGAUUCAGGAACUUCAGGUGACUGGGAAGAGUCAUGAGUGACGUGGUUUUCCAAAGCUUCCAGACAGAUGAUGAGUGUGCGUUGCAGGUCCUGUGUGGAAGUAUGGCACGGAUCUGCCACGCAUUUGUCCUCUGCACACAGUGUGCUCGAUGAGCACAGCCUACCCUGCCAGCAAACACAGGAAUCCUGGCAUCCACACCUUUAUACACGAGCUAAAGGUGUGAGCAAAGGUGCAAGCAGAUGUAUCCCUGUUGAUGAGCUGAUAUUGCUGAUAUUUGUUAGCUCAGGGUUGUUAUGAAACAUGAAAAGAUGAGCUUGGUCUACAAGCCAGGUGCAAGCUGAAGAUCAUGCUGGAUGGAAAUCUUUCAGAAAAGUGAGGCUGGAUCCUGGCUCCAAUAGUAUGCAUUUGGGCAUAGUCAGUGGGUUUUAUUAAAAUAAGUUCUUAACUUUGUAGACUAUAAUUUUCUACAGCUCUGUUUUAUGGCUGGUACAAAUCAGCCAUUUCAUUAGCAGGGGUGCAACAUCUCCAUGUCUCAUCUGCUGUCAGCGUACUGGGACAGGGCUUCCAGACCUCCGGGACAGUGGGACAGGAGGGACAGACUUAGGAAGGUACUGAAAUUAUGCCAAUUAUGCAUGGACUCAACUGCCCUCCUGACUGGCUGCAGUUUGCUGGAGAGGUGUGGGUGGGCUCUCAGCUUGCAGCUGGUGGUCUGUCAGAACGAACAGUGCAAGGUUGCACUGCUAACCAGUGUGUUUGCAGGCAGAGAGGUGAGUGGCAGCUCUGUUUGGAUUUGUACCUGUCCAGAAAUAUGUGCAUAGCACAAAGCAGGGAAUGAAACAACUCUGCUGCUUCCUUCUUGCUAACCUGGGUUCACCUGUGAGAGGUGAGUUUAACCCUUUUAUGACUGUUCAGAGUGCAGAAUAUUGUAUAGUCACGGCAUGAAAACAGGAGAUCACACUUUUGCUCCUUGUGCCCAUGGCAUCUUUUCAGUGAUUUGUACACUCAGAUUUGGGGGAGGGGGUGCAGGGAAAUAAUUCAAUCCAUGGACACUGUUUUCUGGAGCUAGCCUACUUCUGCAUUACAUGAAAUUGACGCCUUGCAAAGUAGGCUCUAAAGUUGCUCAGCAGCAUUUUGCAUCUUAAAACGCUGUCCACGGACUGCUGAAUUCUUGCCUUUAUGUACAUGAAAAAGAAAUUGCCUUGGAUCUUUGAGGUUUCCAGCUUUUGAAGAGAGGAAAGUGCUGCUUCCCCUUUAAGCCCGGAGCGGUGUGUGUGUGAGAGUGUGUGUGAGUGUGUGUGUGUCUCCUCCUCUUUGAGUGACACAGCACUUAGAUAUGCCUAUCAGUAACUUAAACCCCACAAACUCCACCUUCUAAGUGAGGAAGCUGUGGGUUGAUGGAAAUGUAGCGAGCAGAUUGAGACAGACAGUGAAUCAUUAGCAAACUGCAACGCCAGGAUGAACUUGUCUGGAACCUAAAAGGAGAAAACAGUCUCCGAAUCCUCCGCGGUGCCGGGCUUUGCUAAAUACAGCCAAAGUGGAUCUAAAAGCUGGUUGAUCCCCACUCCAAGAUGCUGCUGGUUUCCCAGCGGGUAGAAGCACCACGUAUGGAGCCGCAUAUUCCGUUACAGGGAUCCAUUAAAAGAAAACUGGAAGAUGAUAGCUCUCCUGCCUCCAGUGGUGUGCCUGAUGUCAUUUUCCCAAAUGACAGUAAAAGACUUUGUCUCGAUGAUGUAACCCUUUCCAUGGGCCAAGGUACCAAUCCCAAUGUGGCGUGUCCAGAAAUGCAAAGUUCUCCAUUCUCCACCAGUCACAGCACUUCUUCCAUGGCAGUCACAGGUCAUUCAGUGCUCUUGGAAAACAAUCACAUGAAUGGUAGUGGCAUCGGCUCCCCAUUUUCUGUGCCACCCAACACGGAAAUAAAUCAGAAGGGCUCAGUAGGAGGGCAGGGUAACAGCAUUGUCCACUAUGAUGAGAAAGGAAACAGUUUACAGUCUGUGGACCAGGAGCUGCAAGAUCUGUUGGAAGAACUGACAAAGAUGCCUGAUCCUUCUCCCAAUGACCUGGAUCUGGAGAAGAUUCUGGGCAGCAAGGCUGAAGAGCCACUUGGGCUGAGUCAUUCUCAACCAAGCAUAAGUACCACUCCAAAGUCCUCCCCGCAGACUUCCCACUUGGAGAACCAUGUUGCUAACAAAGACUUUUCCCCAAGCUGCAACCCAACCAGUGGGGGAUCUCCUCAGAUGAGGCCAUCAUCUGCUGGAGCUAACUUCCAGGUUCCUCCCUCAAACAAACCUGCUGCAUCACCCAUCUCUGCAGCAGCUCAGAGCAAGAAUCAGCCACCACCCAUGCUUCCAGUACCCUUACCCAACAUACCUGGCUCCAACUGGCAUGCUCAGCAGCUAAAGCAGCUGGCAGCUAGCAAGCAGGUGUCUACUACAAAGCAACAAGUACAGGCUCCUAGCUGGCCAUCUAUGUCUCCUCCUGGUCUCUCUCCUCCUUAUAGGGCAGGAUCAUCCCCCCACCAUCAGCCUUUCAGUCCUCAAAAUGUUAUGGUAUCUGGUAUGCCUGCUAAUAAUUUACCAGGAAACAACAUUCAGAGUCCUCAAAACACUCUGCUUUCAAGCAUGACUUCCAGCAGCACCCCCUCCAACGGCCCCUCUCCUCCCUACGGGUCUGAGAAGCUUUCCAGUCCAGCUCUGAACCAGCAGCCCUUCAGCCCACAGAGCUCCAUGCUGCCAGCCCUGACGGCAGCCAGCUUACCAGCCAGCAAUAUUAAAAGUCCACAGAACAACUUGGUUGCCAGCAUGGCUUCCACAAAUACUGGACCUUCUCCACCAUACAGGCCAGAGAAGCUGUCAAGCCCCGCUCUGCAUCAGCAGCCCUUCAGUCCUCAAGGUCCAUUAAUCUCUAAUAUCACUCCCAACAACAACCCCACAAAUAUGCAGAACUCACUUUUUAAAUCAAUGACUACGAGCCAGUCCAAAAAUAUGAAUAUAAUUAUGCAACAGCCAUCCGCGAGCUUACAGCCAGGUCUGGUGAAUGAGAGCCCUGUUAACCAAGACCAGUUUUCUUUCAACAACACCAAGCCACUAUCUCACUUUGCCUCGGAGUCAGCUACUCAAAAGAUGUCACCCCUGACAGCAGGACAAGGGCAGCAGUCGCUCAUUCACUAUCUCCAGCAGCAGCAGCAGCAGUCUCCAGCCGCCCAGCAGUCCCAGCAGGCUAACAACAGCCAGUUCCUCCAGCAGCAGUUCCGACAGCUGAUGCAGCCACACCGGGUGCAGAGACACAUGCAGUCUGCCACACUGCCAUCUCAGAACAGACAGGAUCAGAAUCCUGGACUUGUUGCCAGACUUCAGGAGCCGGGCUCCGUCCCAAGCGGAGGCUCUGUGCCGGCACCAGCCACGGUGAAUGGGUACACAAUGAGGAACCAUUUACUGAAGCAGCAAAUAAUGAAACGACAGCUGAUGCAGGAAAAGCAGAGACAAAACAUGCUGGGAGUAACAUCUGAGCAGAGGAAUUUGUUUGCAGCUCAACAGAUCAAUCAGUUUCAAGCUGUGCAGCAGCCCAUUCCCGCUGACUGCAGCCAGCCAAUGCCAGCCCCUCCGCCCAACCACCACAUGCUGCCGUCGAACCCAGCCAUGCUCCAGAGCACUUUGGGCGCCAGCAUUACCCCAGUCACUGCCAGCCAGAGCAGCGGAACGAUGGUGAUGAUUCCACACAACCCUGGCAAACAGCAGGCGGUUUUCCCACCUAAUUCCGACUUUAACAUCCCGCUGCGGCCGAGCCAGAACUCACUGGCCAUGAACUCAGGGUGCCAAACCGUACACAGCCACGCAGCGGUGCAGCCAGGCAUGCCGAUGGCUGGCUUUAAUUCUGGCUCCUUGGUGAAUCACUCAGCAGCUCAGCAGCACUUGAGACAGCCGAGCGUGCCAAGAAUCCCCAACGUCUAUCCCAGCUCCUCUGCCCAGAUGUGGACGCCGAAUGCGGUACCAAGAAUGCCAAAUCAAAGCCAAAUGGAUACCAGCAUGCAGCAGUUCUCCAGUAACGCUCUUUUCUCCAAACAGAACGUGCGACCAAACGCAUCGGGUCAGCAGUUUUCCCAGCAGGCUGUAGUGCCACCUAAUCAGAUUGCUCCCGGAGUCCAGGUCAGACAGAUGCAAAAACUAAGCAUGGGACAGUCUGGCCAGGGCUUGAGCUCAAUGAGUAAUCAGAACUUGAGACAUAAUUUAACCAGGGGACCGCUGCCAGCUAUGAAUGUUAUGAAAUCGAUUCCACAGGGAGUGUCCAGCUUUAACCAGCUCAAUCCCCCCGCAGGCCUCGGCCCACCAAGCUACCCCACUGCGGGGCAGCCGCCUGACGCCUUCAGCAGGAUGAGCGCAGCUGCCGAGCUGCCGCAGUAUGACUUCGUGCCCCAGCACAGCAGCAACGUCCUGCCCGCUAACUGCAGUGACACUGACUUCCUCGACUCGCUCAUGAAGAGCAGCAGCAGCAACGACGAAGAGUGGUUGAACAAUCUGACCAUGAUAGAUGACAUUUUGGGACAGCACGCUCAGAGCUCCGGACACGUGUAGCUUGGAGGGCAGCAAUGGCUUUGUAAAUACCGUACGUGUGACUUUUAAAUGCGGCUCGUGGCCCGUGAGAGCUGCCACUUCUUUCAGUACAGAAUGAAUAGACUCCGCCAAUCCUUUGCCUGCAUCAAAGUUUAAUAUUGGCAGUUUUUCAUAUCAGUGUAUAUAUUUGAAUAUUUUGUAAAUUAUGUUUUCCUAAACCUUAAAUGUAGAAGUAUUUAUACUUCUUUGCUGGUCUGUUUGUAAAUAAAUCUAUAGCAUAACUUUUGGUUUUAUUAUAGGGAUUUCAUUAUACCUUGUUAUAAAUAUGCAAAUAAUAUUGUUAGUUUCAGUAAUACUGUGUAUUACAGCAUAAAAUACUUAUGUUUUUGACAUAACUUAACACAUGAACUAGGGGUGUUGUUGCAACCAGACUAUGCAGAAACCAAGAGUGGCAUCUGUUCUCCCGCAUCAAGAGAAAAGAUCGAAAAGUUGCAUUAAAAACCAACCAAUACAUGCGAAAGGAACUGCUGAUUGACUCAUAGCUCAAUCCUGCAGCCUGAGAGCGGGGUGUGGGUCCGCCCGGGGCCCCCAGCACAGUCAGGAACCUGCCGGCAGGGAUCCGCUGCAGGAUCAGGGGAAGUCCUCCACCCGGUGCACUCCGGUAUGCUGACAUGACACCGGCAGGGCACCUCCCGUCGUCCUGCAGUGAGGGUGCGCUUGUGAUGUUGCAGCUGUUGACAGAGGUGUGUGUGUGUGUGUGUGUGUGUGUGUGUGUGUGUGUGUGAGUGUGUGUGUGUUUGUGUGUGAGUGUCUGUGCACCGCAGCCAGCUGGGGGCCAGCAUGCGGUGACGCGGGUAAGGCGACGAUGGCGGUCUGACAUCGCCAAGGUUCCCUGGUCCUUCGGUUCUGGUUUGCACACCUCUGCCGUGUAUUUUUGUAGCGUACAGGUGAUUUGUUCCUGGUUUUAAGGCUUUUCAUAAUUUCUGUUUUAAUGUGAGACUUUUUUCAGGGGAAAAGUCUAUAAACAUGAAUAGUUAAUUUUUGAUGUUUUUCUGUCAGCUACUAUACUGUCCUAUGUAUAUUUAAGAGUCUGUUUAUAAAAGAUUCGCUGUACUGUAAACUUAAAAUGUUCAUACUUUGUGUAAUCAUAUUUUAAUAGUCACAUCAUACUUCGCAAUACAUUUGUAAUAUAACGUCAGCUUCAAGCACAGAAUGUUUUUUUCUUCAUACCAUAAUAAACUGCCGGGGGAAAAUU